CUGAACGGUAGUGAUUUAUUUACAAAGAUUUCAUAGCAAAUCUAUCGUUUCUUUACUGUAUGAAUAUUGAAACAGAAAUGGAAUGUUGAGGUGAUGAUAUACUAAGAUAUUGGCGAUAGGUUUGUAAACAUGUCUGUUAAACAUCGUGAGAGACUUGAGAAACUAAAGCAAAAUUCAUUGAAUGAUUCCAAGAGCAAGGCUAUAUCACCAGUCAAGCAUUUUUCCAGGGAUCAAUCAUUUUUGCUCGGGAGAGGUUCUGGGGGCACGUUUGUUUAUCUUGGUCUUAUGGAAGAUGGGAGUGAAGUGGCUAUUAAAACAAUGUUACUACAACCACCCCCAGAAACAGCAGAGAAUGAGAAAAACAUUCUAUCUUUAAUUCAGACAAAGAAUUCCCGAUUUGUUGUAAACUACCGACACUAUUUUCGAGACGAGACUUUCGUAUAUCUGGUUACUGAUCUUUGCGAGGAAACGCUGAAAGACCAUGUUCUUUCCCGAAGUAUAGACGACCUUAAAAAAAAAGGUCGACGUAUGAUUAAGGAGAUCUUAACUGGUCUGCAAUUUCUUCACGAUCAAGGAAUUUUGCACAGAGACCUCAAACCAUCAAACGUCUUGGUCGACAUUGGGGGUCAUAUGAGAUUGGCAGACUUUGGAAUAAGUCGUGUUUUGAAGGCAGACGAAACUACAGUUUAUACUAAUGCAAAAGGAACUCCAGGAUGGAUGCCUGCGGAAAUAAUUGAAGCAAUAGGUCAAAAAGUAGAAUCUCGUUAUAAGAAAAAGUCUGAUAUUCAAGUUACUGGAAUGAUUGCAUUUUUCAUUCUUACAAAAGGUGAUCAUCCAUUUGGUCCCACUCAUGAUCGCAUGGGAAACAUUGUGAAAGGAAAACCUGUAAAUUUAAAAGUUCUUAAUGAUAAAAGUGCUCGAAAGUUUGUUAAGAAGUUAAUCUGCCAUAAAAUUAAAAAAAACCAUUAUUUCUUAAAUCUUCUGGUGGAAGAACAUAAUUAG